UGUUACAGGGAGAUACCGGAUGUGAGCACACAAAUUUCAAGAGAAGGAGGAGGCGCUAACGUAGGAGUUUGUUUUACAUGAAAACAAAAGUGAUUGUAGAAUAUGUGGUAAGAAACGGUGACGUGAGGUGUGUGUUUACCCGGGCACGAUGACUACUCAGAGAGUGCUUCCUCAGAGCAAAGAGACUCUACUGCAAAACUACAACAAGAGGCUCAAAGAUGACAUCCGCUCCAUUAUGGACAACUUUACAGAAAUAGUCAAGACAGCAAAGAUUGAGGAUGAGACACAGGUAUCCCGACCUACUCAGGCAGAGCAGGACCAUUAUGAGAUGCAUGUCAGAGCAGCCAACAUUGUACGUGCCGGCGAGUCCCUCAUGAAGCUGGUCUCUGACCUGAAGCAGUUCCUAAUUCUGAACGACUUCCCCUCCGUGAACGACGCCAUCAGCCUGCAGAACCAGCAGCUCCGCUCGCUACAGGAAGAGUGCGACAAGAAGCUCAUGUCACUCCGUGACGAGAUUGCCAUCGACCUGUAUGAGCUAGAGGAAGAAUAUUACUCCUCCAGGUAUAAAUAGGCUCAUACUUGCCCCCAUCCCUCAUCCCAUUGCGCCUCUGUCGUCCCAUUCCCAGCACCGCUGUUUCACAUUUCACCAUUUACACUGAGCCCUGGGAAGGGCUUGUGACAGUGUCUAAACUGAGCCUUUCAUCAAAAUUGUUAUAGGUCUUUGUAAUGAACCUCAUCUCACCACAAGCGCCUUUACAUUGUUACUAUUUAGUGCGUGCCUUGACCUUUUUAAAAGAAAUCAUUAUAAGAGAUGAUUAGAGGGAGGUCUUCAGUCUUAAAGUGGCAUGCCCUUAAAUAUCAGCACUUUGGAACCAAAAACAGUAGAUUUACUGAUUUUACUUCUAAUGGUUAGUGCUAGAUCAAAUCAACUAGAAGAGACACUAUAGUCUGCUGUGAUUAGUUGUUUCAUGGAUAGGUGACUGAUGAAGCUCUUGGAAAAGAUCUUGUUCAUAUUUUCAUUGUCCCUUGUGAUUAGUAGGCAGUCUGAUUUAAAAACUACCCAAUCACAGCAGAGCAACUAGUCACUGCCUAGGAACUAGUCUGCAGCGUCUGAUGGCCUAGAGCAGGGGUGGGGGAACUCCACGCCUCAAGGGCUGGUGUCCUGCAGGUUUUAGAUGUGCCCUUGAUCCAAACAGAGCUGAUAUAGCCCUUGAGGCCUGGAGUUCCCCUCGCCUGGCCUAGAGAGAUGUUUACCCAACAUUAUCUGGUAGACAGGAGAGAUUCAGCAUUUAUAAAUCUUAGUAUUGAGAACUCCUUGUUCAUUUAUAGUAAUAGAAAAAAAUGAAAAGAAUGAACAAAGUUUAUUAAAAAUCUAUCAUUUAAAGCACUUGAUUUGCUGUUGUAUCCAUCGAUGAAUUGUUGAAAUUUGCUGGGUGCUACAAAGAACACGUAUAUACAUCUAAAGUCCUAAAGCUAUAUGGAUUUAUAGAUAUUUUUUUUCUGUGUGUAAAAGUAUCAUUUUAAUCAAUUUAAGAUUAUUUAUAUGUAGUAUUUAAGUCAAAUAAAGUUGUGAUGGCCUUUUGUGUUAUAUUUUAAGGAUGGUCUGUGCAGUUAAACACACACGUUUGCUGGUAUUUAUUUAGAGUUUCCACAAUAAUGUUUUUCAUUCCGUCCCUAAAAUCUAAAAGGUGUAACCUUAACAUCAGUGUCAGCCACAGUCGCACGGUGCAGUUGUACAUGUUUACCAGGUUUUGCCCGCUGUUCCUAGAGACCCAGGAUGAUUAAGAAAUAAAGUAGAGACAAAAUGUU